AUACAAGUUCAAGCAUAAAUCAUCAAAUUAUUACAGAACAUCAAACCUAAACACCCAGGGCGGAAUUUUUUGAAGGCAAAUCCGGAUCAGAAGGGAGGGAUCCCUCCCACGGGACCAAGCUCCGUUCGUCUCCUUCACUGCCCUCUCCAAAAACCCCUCUGUUUAGAAAGUUACGUAAGGCAGAAGCAAAUCGGAAGCCAAACACAGAUCUGCAGUUUCCCCCUACCCUCCUUCGCUCUCUGCUCUUCCGACUCUUAGCCGCAAACUCGAAAAAUUCCUCCUGUUUUAUAUGUCCGAACAGUUAUGGUGCCUCCUCCAGACAGCUGCUGGUUGCUGAAGGAUCGAGAUAUAGACUUUUCAGACCUCUGCAGCCAUUCUUGAUGGUGAUCGGUGAUGAUGGAUUGAAGGGAAGGAUGGUCGGCGAAGAUGGUGACCAAUCGAAGCCGGGAAAUUGGAGAAAGGCUAACGGUCGUGAGGAAGAAAAAGGAUACAGGGAUUUUUCGCCUGAUGGCUCUCCCCUACAGCAUUUUUUUCCCCUAUUCCCUUCGUGCUUCGCGGCUAGGGUUUAUGAAAAAGGAUAGGUGAUCAAAAAGGGUAAUCAAAAUCGGCACAAACA